UCACACCUAAAACCCGAAACCAGUAUAGCUAAUUAUACUCUUCAGCUAAAAAAAAAAAAAAAAGGGAGGCACAUAGCUAGCUAUGGAAAGCAGCAAUAUUUUCUCUUGUGUUCUCUUUUUUCUUACUGCAAUCAUCUCUGCUAUCUUCUUGAAGCAGAGGAAAAGCUUUUGUAGAAGUAAGAGGAGGUUGCUGCCACCAGGGGAGAUGGGGCUUCCUCUAGUCGGUGAAACAAUGGACUUCUACAGAGCUCAAAAGAACAACAGGCUGUUCGAGGAAUUUGUCCAGCCGCGGUUAGCAAAGUACGGACCGAUCUUCAAAACCAACCUGAUGGGCUCACCUACGGUGAUUGUGAAUGGAGCCGAAGCGAAUCGAUUCAUCUUGUCCAGUGAGUUCAAGUUGGUGGUAAGCUCGUGGCCUUCGUCAUCAGUGCAGCUCAUGGGGACAAACUCCAUCAUGGGCAAACAAUUAGGGGAGCAGCACCGCUGUAUCCGAAGCCUCAUAUCCUCCAGUCUCAAUUAUGCCCAUUUGGAGGCCCUGGUGCCAAAAAUAUGCAACACUGUUGAGUUGCACCUACAGAAAAAUUGGCAAGGCAAAGAUAACCUCAGCCUCUAUCGUUCCACAAAGGUUUUGACUUUUACUAUAGUCUUUGAAUGCUUUUUGGGACUCAAGGUUGAUCCCCAAAUGGUUAAUACAUUCGAAAGAGUUCUCGAAGGGGUUUUUAAGCCAGCAAUUAACUUUCCCGGCACUAAGUUUUCAAGAGCAAAGAAAGCAAGACAAGAAAUAGAGAAGGAAAUGGUAAAAGUAGUGAGAGAGAAGAGAAAGGAAAUGGAGAGCGGGUUGGAACCGAUAGAGAAAGGAGGCUUGACGUUGCUAGCCCGUCUGGUGGCUGCAAUGAUCCAAGGAGAAAUUACUGAAGAGGAGGUCGUUGACAACGUAAUAGUGCUUGUCUUCGCAGCUCACGAUACCACUUCCUUUGCCAUUGCCAUGACAUUCAAAAUGUUAGCUCAACAUCCUGAAUGGUACUCUCGUGUUCAUCAAGAACAUAUGGACAUAUUAAGCAACAAAGGACCACAUGAGGGCCUGACCAUGGAAGAUACCAAAAAAAUGAAAUAUACUUGGCAAGUUGCUCGGGAAAGCAUGCGGUUGUUCCCUCCCAUCUUUGGCAGUUUCAGAAAAGCAAUCAUUGACAUUGAAUACGAAGGAUUUACCAUUCCAAAAGGAUGGAAGGUGCUGUGGACAACAUAUGGGACACAUUACAAUACCGAUUGCUUCGAAGAUCCUCUACGAUUUGAUCCUAGCAGAUUUGAGGAGGGCAGUAUUCCACCCUACGUCUUCCUUCCCUUCGGAGGAGGGACAAGGGCGUGUGCAGGUUACCAACUUGCUAAGUUGAACAUCCUCAUCUUUGUUCACUUCGUCGUUACUAGCUAUAACUGGUCUUUGGUUUAUCCCAAUGAGUCCAUCACCAUGGAUCCUCUUCCUUUUCCUGCUUUUGGAAUGCCUGUUAAUAUUUCACCUAAGAUGCCAUCAACCCCAUGAUUAAAUUUUCCAUUUUACCGUGAUUUUAUAUAAACUUUGUACACCGCCUAUCUUCAUUUGAAAAUAAAUUAAUGUCAUGCCU